AAUAUCCCACUGGAAUACAAACUUUAUUUCUUCUGAGGUACUUAAAGUUGAAUAUUCCUUCCCUCACCAGAAUCCCUUCACAGUUAUGCAACAAUCUUCUGAACCUGUACACUCUCGACAUGCCAAAUAGCUCCAUAGAUGAUACAGCAGAUGAUAUUUGGAAGAUGCACAAACUGAGGCAUCUGAAUUUCAAGGUCAUCCAAUUACCUGCACAUCCUGGGAAAUAUUGCAACUCUCUGGAAAAUCUCAAUUUCAUAUCAACCUUACACCCCAGUAGUUGUACUCAAGAUAUACUGAGCAGACUGCCUAAUCUUCAAAGUGUUCGAAUAUAUGGAAACUUGAGUUCAUAUCAAUCUACGCUGUCCAAAAGCCUCUGUGAACCACUCAGUCUUGAAUCAUUGAAGCUGGUGAAUGAAAGUGAGAUCUCAAAGCUCUCAUCAAUUAAGCUGAGCGAGUAUCAGUUUCCUCCACAACUGACCCAACUGAGCUUGUCAAAUACUGAACUGAAGGAUGAUCCCAUGCCAUUACUGGAGAAACUACAACAUCUUAAAAUCCUCAAGCUGAAGCACAAUUCUUACACUGGGAGAAAGCUGACUUGCGGCACUGGUGGUUUCCCAAAGCUCGAGGUUUUGCAUCUGAAAUCAAUGCUGUGGCUAGAAGAGUGGACGCUGGAUACAGAAGCCAUGCCAAACCUCGAAUGUUUAGUUAUCAAUCCUUGUGCUCACUUGAGAAAGCUUCCUGAAGAGCUAUGGCACAUUAAGACUUUCAACAAAUUGGAAUUCUGGUGGCCACGACUGGAGCUAAAGCAAAGACUGAAGGAUUUUGAGGAUUUAGAGCGAUACAACAUUCAGAUAUACCCCUAUGGAGUUUGAUUUAUAUGAGUUGUUUUGGAAUUACUUCAAAGUUCUCGGAAAUCAUAAAGGGAGAUCAUGAACGCAGUCAGGAACUCAAUUUCGGUUGAAACCCAGCAUUGAUCAGUUGAAACCCAGCAUUGAGCACUUCAGCUUUCUACUUAUGAAGAUAUGGACAUUGGUCACAGAAACUGAUGUUUGGCUUUGUAGACUUCAAGAACUGCUAAGAUGGAGCCAUAACUGGACAAUUGUAAUAAAAAAAAUGGCACUCUGUAUUUAUCUUUAUUUAGAUUUUUC